UUGAGGAGCAAUCGAAGUGCACUUUUCAGAAUGUUCAUCAAGGGUAUCUGGCCGAAACCUUGGAGCGAUUUCUGAAGGCACGGGACUGGAACAUUAGCAAAGCCCACAAAAUGUUGGUAGAUUGUUUAAACUGGCGAGUAGACAAUGAAAUCGACAUGAUGUUAACAAAACCCAUAAUUCCCGUCGAUGUUUACAGAGCCGUGCGUGAUUCUCAGCUCAUAGGACUUUCGGGUUACUCAAGAGAGGGCCUACCAGUCUUCGCCAUUGGUGUUGGACUCAGCACAUUUGAUAAAGCAUCUGUUAACUACUAUGUGCAGUCACACAUUCAAAUCAACGAAUAUCGGGAUCGUGUAGUCUUGCCUUCUGCGUCGAAAAAAUACGGGCGGCCUAUCACAACUUGCGUGAAGGUAUUAGACAUGACCGGUUUAAAGCUGUCAGCACUGAGUCAAAUCAAGUUAUUGACGAUCAUAUCAACGAUCGACGACUUGAACUAUCCGGAGAAGACGAAUACGUAUUUCAUAGUAAAUGUCCCUUACAUAUUUUCAUCUUGUUGGAAGGUAGUUAAGCCUCUGUUGCAGGAGAGGACUAGGAAAAAAGUGCAAGUUUUAUCAGGUAGUGGAAGAGAUGAACUGCUGAAGAUAAUGGACUAUUCAUCUCUCCCACACUUCUGCAAAAGAGAAGGCUCUGGAUCAUCUCGUCAUUCACCUAAUGGAGCUGAAAAUUGCUACUCUCUGGAACAUCCCUUUCAUCAACAACUCUAUAGCUACAUCAAGCAGCAAUCGAUUCAGGAAUCUUCACGACCGAUCAAGCAAGGAUCCGUUCAUGUGAAUCUACCCGAACCAGCUGCAGAAGGAACUGAGAUCGCCAAAACCAUCGAGUUAGAAUUGCACAAGUACGGGAACGGAAACGGAAACGGAUUAUCCAACUCGCUAGACAACCUAAAAAUAUGUUGAAUGAUGCCUUCUACAACUUGAAGCAACAGAAGCCGACUCUCCAUUUCAUCAAGAUGUUGAAGGCUGCUGAGCUGAAAGUUCAUUUUGGAAGCCCUGCCAAUGGCAUUAAACAUGGCUGAAAGUACUACUACUCAUUAGCAGUUGGCAAUAGUUCCUAGAAAUCCACAUAUCAAAAAAUAUAUUGUAUGUAAUUUCACAUAUGGGCUGGCUAAGGAGUUAAGUUCCUUCCUAGCUUGUCCUCUCCUCUACUCACUGUUCUUCAGUCAACUCCUUGCUGCACAGGCCAUUUCAUUCACUGAAAUGUUGCUGUCUACUAAAUUUCUAGGCUUCUAAUGAUAUAAUAAAUACUAUCUUCACAUCCAAAAGCUUGCUUUGUGUUCUUCUCUUGAUUCAUUAACAUUUUGACAGUCCUCUCUCCUGUUGGUAGCUUCAGAAUUGAAAAUAGGACAUUUCACUGUAAUUUUCCACCCAUUGUGUUUAUUGGGCAGUUGUUUGCAACUUGAGUAGAAAGUGAAAAAGGUUCAUUUU